UGAAGUUUACGAAAUACUCAAUGAUAUCAACCAGUAAACAGUUCCGGGCCUGAAAGAAAAUUGAUAAAUUUUUGUCUUUCAUUGAAAAAAAUAAUCCUUUAAUUUUAGAAGCAAUUUUAUGCGAGAGAAAUUGUAGGCGUUUCAUUUGUUAUAAUUCGUGAAGAUAAGUAUUAAGUGUAAUCAGUAUAUUGAUUAUGAUUUGAUUGACUUUCCCAGCAUUCCAGAUUUUACUACGAUCGAGGAUUUCAGAAAAAAACCUUCAAAAUGGCGCUCAAAUCAGCAGUUCACGAAAAAAUUAUGAAUGAUGUUGUAUUGGCAGUAAAGAAAAAUGCAGAAUGGAAAGUUCUUAUUGUUGACCAGCUUAGUAUGAGAAUGAUAUCAGCAUGCUGCAAAAUGCAUGAGAUCAUGUCUGAGGGAAUUACACUGGUGGAAGAUAUAAACAGGAGACGAGAACCAUUGCCUUUGCUUGAAGCAGUUUAUUUGAUUACCCCAACUAAGGAGUCUGUCAAGAGUUUAAUGGCUGAUUUCCAAAAUCCUGAGAGCCCUCAGUAUCGGGGUGCACACAUAUUCUUCUCUGAAGCAUGUCCUGAUGAAUUAUUUAAAGAGCUAAGCAAAUCUACCACCUUAAAAUUCAUCAAAACACUAAAAGAAAUAAAUAUAGCUUUUCUUCCAUAUGAAUCACAGAUAUUCUCUUUGGACUCUCCUGAUACAUUCCAAGUAUACUACAAUGCUUCAAGAUUGCAAGGAAGCAUUCCUAAUUUAGAGAGAUGUGCAGAACAAAUUGCAACUCUCUGUGCCACACUUGGUGAAUAUCCUUCUGUUCGAUAUCGAUCGGACUAUGACAAGAAUGCUGAGUUUGCUCAAAUGGUUCAACAAAAACUAGAUGCCUACAGAGCUGAUGAUCCAACAAUGGGAGAAGGUCCACAAAAGGAUCGGUCUCAGCUGUUGAUAUUAGAUAGAGGUUUUGAUCCUAUUUCGCCUCUUCUUCAUGAAUUAACUUUCCAAGCUAUGGCGUAUGACCUUCUUCCUAUUGAAAAUGAUGUUUACAAAUAUGUAAAUAUUGGUGGAAAUGAAGUACCAGAAAAAGAAGUACUUUUAGAUGAAAAUGAUGACUUGUGGGUUGAAAUGCGACACCAACACAUUGCAGUUGUCUCUCAAAAUGUGACAAAGAAACUAAAGCAGUUUGCUGAUGCAAAGAGAAUGGGUACAGCUGAUAAAGCCGGAAUUAAAGAUUUAUCACAGAUGUUAAAAAAGAUGCCACAAUAUCAGAAAGAACUUUCCAAAUAUUCCACACAUCUCCACUUAGCUGAAGAUUGCAUGAAGCAAUACCAACAACAUGUGGACAAAUUGUGUAAAGUUGAACAGGAUCUUGCAAUGGGAACAGAUGCUGAUGGAGAGAAAAUCAAGGACCACAUGAGGAACAUUGUACCAAUUUUGUUAGACCAAAAAAUAACAGCUUAUGAUAAGAUUAGAAUAAUUCUUCUAUAUAUAAUUCAUAAAGGCGGUAUUUCUGAAGAGAAUUUAGCCAAACUUGUUCAACAUGCACAUAUCCCAGCUGAAGAAAAAUGGAUUAUAAAUGAUAUGCAACACCUUGGGGUUCCAAUUAUUCAAGAUGGUCUGGUAAAAAAUUAUACCAACAUUUUACAAGAAGUCUCUAGCUAUGGAACUUUCCAAUCCAAUACACCAUGCCAGCAGGGAGGGCGAAGAAAGAUUGCUCAGCCUUACCACACUAACAACCGAAAAGAGAGAACAGCUGAUCAUACCUAUCAAAUGUCGAGAUGGACACCAUAUAUAAAGGAUAUCAUGGAGGCAGCAGUUGAAGAUAAGCUAGAUACUCGACAUUUCCCAUUCUUUAGUGGUGGAGGACCAAGACCAAGUUGUCAACAACCAAUAAGUGUCCGUUACGGACACUGGCAUAAAGACAAAGGUCAAGCAAGCUACAAGAGCGGUCCUCGCCUGAUAAUAUUUGUGGUGGGUGGUAUUGCUUAUUCCGAAAUGCGAAGUGCCUAUGAAGUGACACAGGCUGUCAAGAACUGGGAAGUUAUUCUGGGUGCAACCCAUAUCCUAACACCAGAAGGUCUUCUACGAGAUCUCCGCAAGAUUAGCAAUCCCUAAUUGAAGCAAUAGCUAUUUGGAAAAUCAUUUGAAAAUUCACAUGGUGUACAGCAAGCAGCACCUUUCACAUUCAUUCUAUGUUGGCAUUCCUAUUCAUUUGUUAGUGCAUUCUACGACAAUUAGAAAGGGAAUUUUCUUAGUCUAUUAAUUUUGUAAAUUUUACCAUUAUUUUUCACUAUUGCAUGAUCCACAAUAUGUAAGACAUGGUUUUUCACUUAUUAGAAGCAAUGCUUCUUUUCAUUUCUCUACCAGGCUGUGCAUGAAUUUAUAUCAAGAUGGACAUUAUUGUAGCAACCUGAUGAGGUCACACAGAUGCCUAUUUGACUGAUUUUCAUCAGGGGCAUCUUUUGGACAUGAACUAGUCAUAAUUACAACCUUAGUAAAUUAUUUUAAUUUUUUUUUCUUUUUUUACUAAAUAUAUUAAAUGUUUCUUUAAAAACAUUUUUUCACACUACCAUGAUUUGCCUUUCAAAUUGUUGAAAGGCAAAUGAUGUUUUGUAUCCCUAAAAAAAAAAAAAAAAAAAAAAAAAAAAAAGAAAUCUCCCUCUCUCCCCCCCAAAACAGGUAUUUAACUAAAUACUUUUAAGAAAGUUUUUUUUUUUUUUUUUCUGGAUAUAUUUUGAUGGUUCUUUUAUUUUAAUUUAAAUUUUGGAUAACUUUUUCUUAUCUAUGACACAUUGUAAUUUAAAGAAAUACAUAUGUCUUUAUUGAAUUUUUAACUGGUUUAAAUUUUAGAUCUGAUUGAUACAAAAUGGUUUACUCAAUUUUUUUUUUUUACAGUUUUUUUAAUUGUAAAUGCCUCAUAUUAAAAUGAUGAGAAGCAUUUCAAUUUAAUAUUUACAGCAAAUUUGGCACUUUAAUAAGAUUUUUAAGAUUUAAAUGUUGUAAUGUUUGCUCUGAAAACACUAAUGAAUAGUAUAGCAUGCACUAAUUUCAAACUUGAAACAUAAUCUAAAAUCUUUUUUCUAAAAUUGAAAAUCUUUAUCUGAAUCUUUAGUUUUCUCUCAAUUCUUUCAAAAAGAUAUUUCUCUUUUAGCUAAGGAAUAAACUUUUUUAUGGAGUCAGUACAUUUUACAACUCCAAACUGAGAGCUAUUUGAAAUAUUUACUAUAAAAUCCCUUGUAAGCUUUCACUUAGUCUUCAUCAUUGGUUGAACAAUCUAGCAUAUUCAACUGUUUACAGCUUACUUUAUUUCAAUUAAGUAUUUGCCAUAUUAACAUUUACCAUUUACUGUUGUGAAGUAAUCAAUUUCUCUUCUAUUUAAAUGUUGGAAGAUUUUAACGAUUCAACUGUUAAUAGCUGAACCAUCAAAUAUUUUUAAAUACUCUUAUAUGCUUCUACAACUAAAAUAUCAAUUUAGAAGGCUAUUUUUUUUCCUCUUCAUCUAAAAUCUCAUGAUGGAUGCCUAACAUUUAUCUAACUGUAAUUUAUGCUUCAAUUUUGUUUGUAUAUAGUACAUUGUGAUAUAUGUGUAUAUUAAUUGUAUUGUCGUUAAUUUGGUUAUUAUAUUUUAUUGAAACAUGCUUAUAUUGAUAUCGUGUUCACAUAGAAGUGUUAAUCACUUGCAAACAAGAUAAAAAGAAAUUGUGGCUAAAUUUGUUAAUUUAUAUUACUGUUCACAUUUAUUUAAAGAAAAAAAAAUUAAAUUUAAAAAAUGUUGUUGGAUUUCUCUAUUAGAAAUAAUAAAGUAAAUGUUAAAUAUU